CCAAAGCGCGCGACUUUUCCGAAGUCUUUCAAAGCGCGCGCAUUUUUCGAAGCGUGAUCUAAACAAUGGUUGCUAUAGUUUUUUCGUCGUGUACGUCGAUUCUACAUUCCAAGCCUAAACCUUAUAGGGAAAAGACUGUCGAAAAAUGUCGCAAAACAACCGGAGGACAAGUGGAUCCAAGUUCACCGGAUGCCCGAAAGCCUCAAAGAUCCGGCAGUUGGAAUCGGCUCUGGAUUAUGCCCACCGUGCUAUUCGAAGCUUGAACAAAGAUCUCAGAAAACUUGGGAUCGAGAAUGAUGUCCUCAGAUCAGGUCUACAGGACGAAAAUCGGGUCCUAACGGAAGAGCAAAGAAAUGCAGAACUCCUUCUCAAAAAGCAGGAUGAAGGCAGGAAGAAGGCCAAGUUGCAAGAGCUGAAGUUGCAGAAAGUAUUCAUACAGCAUCUACUGAAUGCCGUGUUAGAAAAGGUCUUGGCUACAUCAGCCCCAGCACUUGCCGAAAGAAAGGAGAAAGACCUCGGGUCAUCCUGUGGCAAGCUGCAGGAAGAAAGGGUAUAA